UGAAAAGGAAAAACAAAAUCUAUUAGGCUAAAUCUUUCUUUACCUCCCUUGUCUUGACCAAAAAAUGUCGACCCAUAACCCAAUUGCUACAGUUAUUUCACCUCAACAACAGAUACAGAGCGAGACAAGCAACGGUCAAUCCUUCAGGUCGUACCCUCCAGCAACGGCCCAGUAUCAGGAUGUUGUUCAAAGUUCAGACCUUUUCUGGGAAAAGCUCAAAGCUUUUCACAAAUCCUUUGGCACCAAAUUCGUGGUUCCUACUGUGGGAGGAAAGGGUCUUGAUCUUCAUCAUCUUUUUGUGGAGGUGACAUCUCGUGGUGGCCUUGAGAAGGUAGUUAGAGAUCGGAAAUGGAAGGAAGUGAUUGCAGCCUUCAAGUUUCCAUCAACAAUUACCAGUGCAUCUUUUGUCUUGAGGAAGUAUUACCUUUCAUUGCUUUACCACUUUGAGCAGGCCUAUUUCUUUCAAAAACAAGCCCCUUCAGUCUCAAUGCCUGAUUCUGUAAAUGGGAAUCUUAUUGAUGGAUCUGCAGCUCUAGAAAAAGGUGUGGCUGUGAACCAGUUCUCAGGAAGUCUGGAAUUGCAGCUUGGCUCUUCAGUGAGUGGAACCAUUGAUGGAAAAUUUGAUAAUGGAUAUCUGGUUACUGUGAGCUUGGGUUCUGAUCAACUGAAAGGUGUUCUAUAUCACAGUCCUCAUGCAUUUCACACAUCUCAGAGUUCUCAUACUUCAGAUUUACCUCCUCGUCGGCACCGGAAGAAAUCGCGGUUGUUGUUACGUGAUCCUUCUCAGACUAAGUCAAAUAGGAGCAGCUAUAAUUUCUCCUUUGCUGAACAGUAUACCCGGACAAAACCUCUACACUAUUCGGACGAGACAACUAUUAACAAGAAGAUUGGGCAUAUAUGGAACAACCUCACAGAGAAUGAAAAACAGAUUUAUCAGGAGAAAGGUUUGAAGGAGAAGGAGAAGGAGAGAUACAAGAGUGAAAUGUUGGAACAUAGAUCAUCUUCUUAUGUAUAGUGGCUUACAAUGUUCUAGUUAGGACACUAAUUUUCUAUCUUAGCUUCAAAUUGUUGUUGUGUUGUUGUUGCUGGUCAAUUUUGUUCUAAUCAAAGAUUUAUCUGACAGAUGUGAUAUCUUGACAAGUUUUGGACCUGAAAAGCUGUUCACUUAUCUGCUGAAUUUUAUUUAUUUAGACUUGUAUGGGUAA